AUCGUUGACCGUGGAGUGAAAAAAAUCCCAAAAAAUCAAAAAAUACAAAUGGGAGAUGAAAAUCCGAGGAUAAUGUACGGUGUGAUCAUCACCGUGUACGUUGAUCGUCAAACGACGGCCGUCCGAUCGUUUCGAGCGAUACGUAAGAAUGAAGGGACGUGGAAGCGUGAGAUCGGAAGAACACGUGGCUAUGAUCGGAGAGCGAACCUGUUAGCGUAUAUUCGUCAGCUGAGGGCUGAAAGUCUCGCCGGAGAUUCGAAACGCGACGGUGUAGAGAGUGACAACAUGCCCGAGCGGCCGAACCCGAAGAAAAAGAAAAGAAGGUGGAUACGGAAAAUGAUGAGUAAGUUCCGGCUACCGUUUCACCGGGCAUUUCGUCGGAAAAAUAGGACGUGGAGAUACCGCCAGUUUAUUCCAGAUAAAGAAGGAGAAACAAAGAGCAAGGCUUACAAUUCAGAUAUUUGGAAAAAGCUCAAACAUGUGGUUGGAGGGUUAUCACGCGGCUGUGUACGAAGUAGUAGACGAGACACAAAACAAGAAUCAAGUUACUACAGCGAGGAAACUUAA